AUGCAUGCCUUCGAAGAUGGUCCAGAGGAUCACCUCGAAGCCGAUGAGGCCGUGGCUAAAGCGAGCCCCGAGCCCAUGCCGGUGGAACAAAUAGCCAGCUUUGGCGGUGCUUUGGAACUUCGGCGAUUCCUUCAUGGAGACAAUCAUAUCUCUGCGAUGAAGAAAGCAUCCCAACCUGAACCGGAAGCUGAAGAAGAACCGUUUAACUUAUCGAAUAACGAGGGUACCAGCAGUGGAUCGCCAGGUCCUAUUAGAAGUCUAAGGCGACGAACGAAAAGAACGACUACCACAUCACUUAUCCAGCCUCCAUCAUCGACCGCGGCCGGCAAACGUAUCGCCUUACGAGCAGCACGCACUCGAGAUGCACAACCUCCCUCUGUGGGGAACUAUCUCAAGGAUACAAUCGAACCGGGACUGGUGCUCCUCCUAGUAGGAGUAAAUCCGGGGAUUAUGACCGGCCAAACGGGGUUUGCAUACGCACAUCCAACAAACCUGUUCUGGAAAUUGCUCUAUUCUUCCGGGAUCACGACAAGAUUACAUCCACCCAGAGACACCUACGAGCUGCCGAGACUAUACCGAGUAGGCAACACGAACAUAGUCGAGCGGCCCACGCGCGACGCUCAAAUGCUCAGCAAACAAGAAAUGAACGAAGGUGUGCCGAUCCUAGAAGCCAAAAUCAGAGAGAAUAAGCCCGAGGCAGUAUGUCUGGUCGGGAAAGGUAUAUGGGAGGCCGUAUUCCGAGUGAAAAAAGGGCGACCAAUUCGCAAAGAAGAAUUCAAGUAUGGCUGGCAAGAUUCCUGGAUGAUAGGCGAAGAUUCGAGCUGGGGCGGCGCCCGGCUCUUCGUCGCGACUACGACAAGCGGUUUGGCUACGAGCCACACGCGCGCUCAGAAACAGGAAAUCUGGGCCGAACUGGGACUGUGGGUGCAGCAAAGGAGAGCAGCGCUGGGCAUAAUGACUUGA